UAAUAUAUAUGCAAAAUGAAAGUAACAUCGUGUGUCAUGUGUGCUUUGCGUAAUUUUCCAGACUUGAAGGACGUUUUCGAACUUUUUGACUUCUGGGAUGGUCGUGAUGGAGCUGUCGAUGCCUUCAAGCUCGGCGAUGUGUGCAGGUGUUUGGGAAUCAACCCCAGGAACGAUGACGUAUUCGCCGUAGGAGGCACACACAAAAUGGGCGAGAAGUCCCUUCCCUUCGAAGAAUUCCUCCCCGCCUACGAGGGUCUCAUGGAUUGUGAACAGGGAACAUUUGCCGACUACAUGGAGGCUUUCAAGACCUUCGACAGGGAAGGACAGGGAUUCAUCUCCGGGGCCGAGCUUAGGCACGUCCUCACCGCGUUAGGCGAGAGAUUGACAGACGAAGAAAUUGACGAAAUCAUCAGUUUGACAGAUUUGCAGGAAGAUCUUGAAGGAAACGUGAAAUACGAAGACUUCGUAAAGAAAGUGAUGGCCGGUCCAUACCCAGACAAAUAGACGAUCGCCGCAUUCGAAAAUAAAAUGUGAAGCCGUUUCCAAGAGUAAAAUUGACAUUUUUUGUAAAAAGAAAUUUCGUUUCAUCGUUCUGUCAAAAGUUCAAGGGUAGGUCUUACAAGAUGCUGCCAGCUUCCGAGUCAUCCAUAUGCUUAGAUACAACGAACAACAAAAAGAAUAGAAACAAAAAUGCCGUCAGCUUUCAGUGCCAGAAAUAAGAUCUUAUUAUAACAACAACAACAACAACAACA